AAUGUUUAGCUGUCGUUGUGUUGAAGUGAGUGGUGCUUUAGAGGUGGUUUGUAGCUGUAGAGUCCAUCGACCUAUGACCACAGACUAGAGGAGGAUGGGUGUGUCCGGGCUCUCUCUUGGCAAAACACGCCGGAAGGGAGGAGGGCCUGUCUGUCUGUCUCUCUCUCUGUCUGCCUGUCUGUCUGUGUGUCUGACGUCGAGCUGCGGGAGACGGUAGACAGGACUAGAGCCGGUGUUUGUGAUGGGAGCUAUAGCUAACUAGGAGGAAGGGCGACUAUACCUUUAAGUGGAAGAAAGCGAAACAAGAGGCAGCAGUAUCGGCGGCACACAUCGCUGGGUCUUUAGCUAUAGUUUAGUUGGCUCACGGAGGGAUAUUUCGAUAUGGUAUUUGUUAAACUAACGCUCCUGUUUUGCUGCCUACGAUACAUCACAGGUCAGUUCGGGAACCCCUUGGACAAAUACAUUCGCCAUUAUGAGGGUUUAUCAUAUGACACAGAAGCCCUGCACAGCAAUCACCAGAGAGCCAAGAGGGCUCUCUCUCCUCAAGACAGGACCGUGCACCUGGACUUCCAUGCACAUGGAAGACAUUUUAACCUGCGGAUGAAGAGAGAAACAUCCAUAUUUUCCCCAGAUCUCAUCAUUGAGAUAUCAGGAGAGGAGACACCCAUUGAUACGUCACAUAUUUACAGUGGAGAAAUCUUUGGUGAAAAGGACACGCUGACCCAUGGCUCUGUGGUUGAUGGGCGCUUUGAGGGCUUCAUUAAAACCCACCAAGGAACAUACUAUGUUGAACCCUCGGAGAGGUACCUAAAGAACAAGGAUGUGCCCUUCCACUCCGUCAUCUACCACGAGGAUGAUAUCCAUUAUCCUCAUAAGCAUGGCUCAGAGGGCGGCUGCGCUGACCACUCAGUGUAUGAGAAGAUGAAGAAGUACCAGGCAACUGCAGUGGAGGAACCAGUCAAAGCGGUGAACAGUGUGUCGGAGGACGAGAGCUCCCAGGGUCCUGUUAUUCUGAGGAAAAAGAGGGCAGCAGCCAAAGAGAAAAACACUUGCCAGCUCUUCAUCCAGACUGACCACCUCUUCUUCAGAUUCUACGGCACAAGAGAGGCUGUCAUUGCCCAGAUCUCCAGCCAUGUGAAGGCUAUUGACUCCAUUUACCAGGCCACAGACUUCAUGGGCAUCCGAAACAUCGCCUUCAUGGUUAAAAGGAUCAGGAUAAAUACGACCGAAGAGGCAAGAAAUCCCACCAAUCCUUUUCGCUUUGCCAACAUCGGAGUGGAGAAGUUUUUGGAGCUUAACUCUGAGCAGAACCACGAUGACUACUGCCUGGCCUAUGUCUUCUCCGACAGGGACUUUGAUGAUGGUGUUCUUGGCUUGGCUUGGGUUGGGGCUCCUACAGGAAGCUCUGGGGGCAUCUGUGAGAGGAGCAAACUGUACUCUGAUGGGAAGAGGAAGUCUCUGAACACUGGUAUCAUCACUGUGCAGAACUACGCCUCCCACGUCCCUCCCAAGGUUUCACACAUUACCUUCGCUCAUGAGGUUGGGCACAACUUUGGCUCUCCUCAUGACUCUGGGAUCGAAUGCACCCCUGGAGAGUCUAAGCAGCAGGACAAAAAGGAGCAGGGCAACUACAUCAUGUACGCCAGAGCCACAUCAGGGGACAAGCUCAACAAUAACAAGUUCUCUAUCUGCAGCAUCCGCAAUAUAAGCGCUGUUCUGACGAAGAAGAGGAAUGACUGUUUUGUUGAGUCUGGCCAGCCUAUCUGUGGUAAUGGAAUAGUGGAAGAUGGAGAACAGUGUGACUGCGGCUACAGUGAUCAGUGUAAAGACACCUGCUGCUAUAAUGCCAAUGAAGUGGAGGGCAAAAGGUGCAAACUCCAAACUGGAAAAAUCUGCAGUCCCAGCCAAGGCCCAUGUUGCACAGUACAGUGUGGAUACCAGGGCACAAAUUUCCUGUGCAGAGAGGAUUCCGAGUGCGCCGAAAGGGGGAUGUGCAAUGGAAAUACUGCUCUGUGUCCUUCCUCAGAACCAAAGGCAAACUUCACCUCUUGCCAUUCCGAAACACAAGUCUGCCUCAAUGGGGUAUGCUCGGGUUCCAUUUGUGAGAAGUAUGGUCUGGAGGUAUGCACCUGUGCCAGCGAAAACAGCGAGGAUGAGGCAGCUGAGCUGUGCCACGUGUGCUGCAUGGAGAAAAUGAAGCCCAACACCUGCAGCAGUACAGGCUCAGAGAAAUUGGCCCAAUUCUUCAACAAGAAGAUCACGACGCUGCAGCCUGGCUCGCCCUGCAAUGACUUUAAGGGCUACUGUGAUGUGUUCAUGAGGUGUCGUCUGGUGGACGCCGACGGGCCUCUGGCAAGGCUGAAGAAAGCAAUCUUCAAUGCGGAACUCUAUGAGAAUAUUGCAGAGUGGAUAGUGGCUCACUGGUGGGCAGUGCUGUUGAUGGGCGUCGCUCUUAUUAUGCUAAUGGCUGGCUUCAUCAAGAUCUGCAGCGUCCACACCCCCAGCAGCAACCCCAAACUGCCCCCACCAAAGCCACUGCCAGGUACACUGAAGAGGAGAACGCAGCAGCAAGCAGCCCGGCAGGCACAGGGCCAGGGCCAGCGCCACCACCGUCAGAACAGAGAGAACUAUCAAAUGGCACAGCUGAGACAGUGAGACUCUGGUCCGCUCUUUGCCUUGGUUCUUCUUAGUGCCUAUAAUGGGAGCACUUCACUCCAAAGAUUUACCUUUACCACCUAUUGCAGAAUUCAAAGAACUUGCAACUGGAUCGAUUUCACUGGACAAAGCCCAAAGUGUUUUUUUUUUUUUGGGCCCUGACAAACUCACUUAGCACCUCUGCUCUGAGAGCCAGAUUAGCAGUGGUUCACAUAGCUUUUAUAGGAAAUAAAUAACUUUUCCAAGGAAAGAGGAGGAAGAGGAAUUCACUGAUUUAUGUUAUGUAGUCUUAAUCUUUAAAUGCUUUUUUUUUUUUUUUUACCAGAAUGGAGAGAGAAGCAGCUUUGUGUUAGAGUCGCCCUCCUCUGUCCUUCAUCUGUACUACCUUUUUCCUUUCCUGUUCUUCCUCUCUGAAGUGCUGCCAUCAUCAGCAUGAUGGCAGCACUUCAACUCACAUGGGUAUUUGCUGCCAAUCAAAAACAACAAUGAGACGUUCAGUUGGAAGAAAACUUUUUUUUUUGCCAAUGUAAUUAGAUUGUUUAAAAUCAAAACACCAUCAAAGCAUUUUCAUUUCUAAAGCAUACAUGUUCUUUCAUUGUGCAGUUGUACAGAUAUUGCAGUUUUUCUGUGUUUUCAAAUGAAAUAGAUUUUCUUUAAGAUAAUUUACUGUUUUAAUUCACUUUCUCAGGAUUAAUAAAACAACAGCAGACAAGUGUAUUGAGUGGAAAAGAUGGCUGCAUGCGUAUUUCAGGGUAAAGUCCCUCCUGGCUAUCGCCUGUACAGAAGGGGUUCACGUUGGCUGCCGUGGGAGGUUGAGAACAGGUUGUAUGACAAGAAUAUAGAUAAAUGAGCUUAAUAAGAUUAUCUGUUAUCAGGUGGAGGGGGAGAUUGAUUAUCUGGAUAUGUAUAUUUCUUGUUGUCAUAUGGUUUCGCAGCUGCGUUUACAUAAAGAUAUAGUGCUACAGAGAGUUUCUUUACAUUCAGAGUGAGGAAGCAAAAAGGAGAAUAUGUUUGAACUUAACUCUGGGGACAAAGAAGCCUGCUGCGUGUAUAAGAAGUUAAUACAGAAAAGAAGUGUCCUAUUGUGAUUUUCCUGCCCACGUUUUCACCUGUGUUCUGGCCACGUUUUUGAAUUUCACACUGGCAGUCGUUUAAAAAUCUGUUAAAACCACUCAAAAGCAGUUGGAUCCUCUCGGCCUCUGUUUGCCCGAUGAGGAACCGUUCUGAUUCAAAUGUGAUUUAGCUUUUAUUGAUGUUACUUGCAGUUCAGAUUAUUUGUAUAUGUGGAGGAAUUGAAUCAAUUGAGGAAAACUAGAGCUUUUAAUUUUAUUGUUGCUUUGUUGCUGCUGUUAACAGACUUUUACCUGAGCGAACAAUCACUAUGUGUCAGCCAUCCACCGCUGUUCCUUCUGUUCUGUCCUUUCUCUUCCUACUGAUUACUCAAGGAACUUUGUUUCCCUUGUUACACCCUGUUGGUUUGUUUAAUUUCAUUAAAAAUGUGCCUACUCAGAGCAGUGUGACUGAAGUUGGUGUACUGGUGUCAGUGAUCUUUACCUAGGCUGAAUCCAUAUAUAAUAUAUUAGUAUAUAUGUAUAAUAUUGCCCAGCUCUAAUUUGGCUUAACUUGAGUUUUCAUUCGUCUCCAACCAGAUUAAACUUCACUAACAGAGGGGAGAGAGUGCAGAGUUACUGGCAGAAUAUAAAUAAAUAUAUAUAUAUAUAUAUGUAUAGUUUCUUAAAAUUAUUUUAGGAGGAAACUUGGUGGAGCAAAGACAGACUUAUUUUUUCUUCUUACCUUUGCAAAAGAGUUAUUUGGAGCACAGCUGCAGCUCGGCAUUGUUUUCUGUGCGGGUGUGAGGAUGUCGUGUUAUCGAUCAGAUAGAUUCUAUGCAGAGUAUCACAGAGCUCAACAGCGAACAAGUUAGCCUCUUCACAGAGAUAUGCCUUCAAUGUUUUCUCCUAAAUGGGUUCAUGGACUGUUCUAUUGUGUUUUCAUAACAAAAUAGUGUCUGUGUGCUGCAGCAAAGUUUCUGAACAGACAAAAAGGCAAACCUCUGAUGCUUCUUUUACUGGUUUUGUUUGUCUUUCUGGUGCUACUGGUAGUGCUUUUUCUUUUCGGUCGGCGCUUAAAGUAUAUUUUUCAUUAUCUUUGGCAAAUUUUAAAGCUGUGUGUGUGUGUGUGUCUGUCAGUGUGUGUCUGUCAGUGUGUGUGAGAGCUGCUUUGCUGAACCAUCCUUAUCUUUUUUUGUUGAUAUGGUGAGAUGUGGACAAUACUGGGUGUUGGGGGGAUUAUACGCUCUGGGAUUUUUUUUCUGUCUUUCACAUGUGUUGCUAUGAUGUUGAGAAAAUGUGCACUGAAGUGUAAGUGAUGUAAACGGAGAAUCCAAAAUGAUAUAGGUUUAGUACUACUGUCUGAUUUUAAUGUCUCCUGUGUUUUAUACAGUGUCUUCAAUUGUCUUUUUAUUUACUUUUUUCUUUGGUUCUGUUUCCCAUUCUUCUGCUUACUUUGAAAAAUUUACAAAAUUUGCAAAGUUAUUGUGCAAAAAUAUAAUUUCUUUUGAACUACUUGAAAUGCAUUAAUAAACCAGAGUUGAUCAAA